UGCUCCUCAUGCACCAUCUCUGACGGAAGAAACCAUGCUUUCCCUGAGGGUCGCCUGCCUCGUCCUGAGCGUGGCCAGCACAGUCUGGACUGCAGACACCGGAGGUGAAUUCUUAGCAGAAGGAGGAGGAGUGCGUGGGCCAAGAGUUAUGGAGCGACAUCAGAGUCAAUGCAAGGAGACAGACUGGCCCUUCUGCUCUGAUGAAGACUGGAACCACAAAUGCCCUUCAGGCUGCAGGAUGAAAGGGUUGAUUGAUGAAGUCAAUCAGGAUUUUACAAACAGAAUCAACAAGCUCAAAAACUCACUAUUUGAUUUUCAAAAGAACAACAAGGAUUCUAAUUCACUGACCAGGAAUAUCAUGGAGUAUUUGAGAGGAGACUUCGCUAAUGCAAACAACUUUGAUAACACUUUUGGGCAAGUGUCAGAGGACCUGAGGAGCAGAAUUGAGAUCCUGAAGCGUAAAGUCAUAGAGAAAGCUCAGCAGAUUCAAGUUCUGCAGAACAAUGUCAGGGCUCAGCUGAUAGACAUGAAGCGCCUAGAGGUGGACAUUGAUAUCAAGAUCCGCUCUUGCAAAGGGUCCUGCAGCAGGGCUGUAAACCGCGAGAUAAAUCUACAGGACUAUGAGGGUCAGCAAAAGCAGCUUGAACAGGUCAUUGCUAAAGAAUUGCUUCCUGGGAGAGACAGGCAGUACUUGCCAGCAAUAAAAAUGUUUCCAGUUCCCGACCUGGUUCCCGGAAGUUUUAAGAGCCAGCUUCAGGAGGCCCCUCCAGAGUGGAAGGCGUUAACAGAAAUGCGGCAGAUGAGAAUGGAGUUGGAGCGGCCCGGGAAGGAUGCUGGUUCUGGUUCCCGAGGAGAUUCGCGAGGAGAUUCGCGAGGAGAAAGUUGGCGAGCAGACUCCCGCGGAGAUUCUCCAGGGGACUCUGCAACACGUGGACCAGGGUCAAAGGCAGAAAACCCCACGAACCCUAGACCUGGUGGAGCUGACUGGCGUCCAGGGAGCUCCAGGACUGGAAGUGAUGGAAAUCGGAGCCCUGGGACCACUGGGUCUGAUGGCGCUGGAGGCUGGAGUACCGGAAGCUCUAGAUUUGGCUCCAGCUCUGGGAACCCUAGGCCUAGUAACCCUGACUGGGGUGAUUUUUCGGAGUCUGGGGCGAGUAGCCGCCCAGCAAUAAGAAAAGAGUAUCACACAGAUAAACUGGUCACUUCUAAAGGAGAUAAAGAGCUCCUGAUUGGAAGCGAGAAGGUCACCUCUUCUGGCACAAGCACCACACGUCGUUCAUGCUCUAAAACCAUUACCAAGACUGUAACCGGUUCUGAUGGUCGUCGGGAAGUGGUCAAAGAAGUGGUCACCUCGGAUGACGGUUCUGACUGUGGUGAUGCCAUUGACUUAGACAUGAGCCACAGUUUUAGUGGCAGGCUUGAUGAACUUUCCCAAAUGCAUCCCGACCAUGCUGCUUUCUUUGGCAGCCGCUUUAGUUCACUCUCACCUAACUUCAAAGAAUUUGGCAGUAAGACCCAUGCUAUAGGCUCUGAUUCUGACAUCUUCACAGACAUUGAGGACCCCAGCUCCCAUGUACCUGAGUUUUCUUCCGGUAGUAAAACCUCAACUGUCAGAAAACAAGUAAUCAAGAGCUAUAAAAUGGCAGAUGAGGCAGGAAGUGAAGUUCACGAGGAAGGAGAAACUCGGACCACCAAGAGGGGCCGUGCCAAAGCUCGCACAAUGAGAGGUAUCGACCCUUAACUUUCGGGAGAUCCCCUGACCCCCUAGAUAAAAUUAACCAUUUCUGCAAAGUGCUUUCCAGGCACCUCUUUCCUAACCUCCUCUAGUGCUUUGUUGGAAUCUCAUUUUUUUGUCAGUUUUUCAUGCUAGACUGUACGUUCCUCGGGGGCAGGGACUUUGCCAUGUGUCUAUUUCUGUAAUUCCCAAAUGCCUAACA